CAGAGCUGCGUCAUUUUAUGUUUUUUUAUCCUCACGAUCAUAAAUAUUUACCAAUUGUUUUCGAUUACAGUGCAACAGAGACACAUUUUUUUUUCUUCGGAAUUCAGAGGUAGUUCAUGUAGUAAGUCUUUCCCAAUACAUAUUUUAGUCUAAGAAAAUAUUUAUGUAGCACAUGAAUCUUAAACUAUAUUAUUUCAAUUGAUACUAAACUGCUAAAAUGGUCUUCUGCACAACUUAUGCGUGAUAUUUUCUUGAAUGCAUAGGUUACUCAAUAAAAUACAUUUAUCAGAACGAUGACUAAACAAACAUACGAAAUGACUGAAACAGAGAAAUCAGAUGUGUUAUCAACUAAUAAAAAAGUACCAAAAAAGAUUAGAACCUUCACAUCAAAGCUUAUGAGAAAAAAAUGUAUUUAUAUGGAUAUUCUGGAAACAAAUUUGCGCCGAUGUCUCAAUACAGUGGAUAUCACUCUUCUGGCCGUUGGUCACAUGGUUGGUUCUGGAGUUUAUGUUCUUACAGCUACCGUGUCCAAAAACAUUGCAGGUCCAGCAAUAAUCUUAGCCUUCUUGCUCAGUGGAUUUGCAUCAUUUUUAUCUGCCUUAUGUUACGCUGAACUUGGAGUAAGGUAUCCCAGAUCUGGAUCAGCAUAUUCAUAUACAUAUUUAUCCCUUGGAGAAUUAUGGGCAUUCCUAGUAGGUUGGAACGUUGCACUGGAACACAUAAUUGGAGCAGCAGCUGUAGCCAGAUCAUGCAGUGCUUACAUAGACUCUUUAACUGGAGGUCGCAUCAAAAAUGGAACAAUGGCGCUUGUGGGAGAAAUUCACCAACCAUAUAUGGCGGAAUACAUGGAUUUUCUAGCAUUAGGAAUUUUGAUUUUGUUUGUUGUAUGCCUUUCCUUUGGGAUUCGAAUGACCUCACAUUUGAAUAAUGUAUUUACAUUUGUUAACCUGAGUGUUAUACUAACUAUAAUCUGUGUAGGGGCAUAUUUUGCUGAUAUAAAGAACUGGACAAACCCAGAAACUAAAGGAUUCAUGCCGUUUGGAUUCUCUGGAGUUCUUGCUGCAGCUGCCUCAUGCUUCUAUGCUUACGUAGGAUUCGACUCCAUAGCCGCAGCUGGGGAAGAAGUGAGAGAUCCUCAGCGAUCAAUCCCUAGAGCGACCAUGCUUUCCAUGGGUAUUGCGACAUUUGCUUAUAUUGGCGUAUCUUCCGUACUAACACUUAUGGUCAAUUAUCGAGAUAUUGCUGAAGAUUCUGGCUUGCCAGAUGCUUUAGAUUAUCAUGGUGCUCACUGGGCAAAAAUAGUUGUCAUACUAGGAGCUGUUAGUGGUAUGGCAACUGCGAUUAUUGGAAGUCUUUUUGCAUUAACUAGAAUUGUAUAUGCUAUGGCAGACGACGGAUUGUUGUUCAGCUUUUGUGCAAUUGUUAAUAAAAAAACUAAAAUACCUUUAAAAGCAAUGUACAUUUUUUCGUCUCUGUCUGGCAUCCUCACACUCAUUUUUGAUAUAAACAGUUUGGUGGAAAUGCUUUCAAUUGGCACUUUGUUCGCUUAUCUAAUUGUUAGUGCGUCAGUAAUAGUUAUACGAUAUAGACCAGACACUAGCGGAGAUAUAUCCUCAACUGACCGUGAUGGUAAAGAAUUUCAUGUUCAAGAUCGAGCAGGACAGUUAAAAGAACGUUUUAAGGGACUGAAAAAUUACAUUGACUGUCAACCAGGAAGACUCGUUGUCAUGAGCUUGAUAAAUUACGUGGUGUUCACAUUUCUGCUGUGCGGAUUCGUGAGGAUAUUUUAUGUCAAAAUAGUUAAAGGUGUGUGGUGGUCUAUUACAAUUGUAGUCAUUCUACUCUGUGGUUUCGUGUUAUCUUUCAUCCCUAUAUUACUGAAUAUGCAGUCUUCAAUGCAUAUUAAUUAUAAGGUACCACUUGUUCCAUUGACACCAGCUUUGAGCAUAUUUAUCAACAUCGUUCUUUUAGUUAAUCUUCAAGCAGUGACAUGGUUAAGAUUGUUAGUGUGGGUUAUAGUAGGUUUGUUCAUAUACUUUGGAUACGGUAUUGGACACAGCAAAAUUGAUAAUUCUUCUCCAAAAUCAGUCACAUUACACUCCUCACAAGCAGUAGCGUAUAAUUCAUCUGAAACUGACAUAACUUUUGAAGUUAGCUCAGAAGAAAAAAUCAGAAACUAGGCAUAAAUAUUAUAUAAUAAAUAUCUUCUUAUGAUAUAAAGUUUUCCAAAAUAACGGGUUUUUGGACAUCUGAUAGUGAUUUCAUACUUGAAAUUAAAAAGGGAUAUCCGUAAACAAACUUAAAUUCUUGAUGAAAAGUCUCAUAACAAUGUUUUGGAUCUUAUAUUUUUUUGAGCUUUUGAUGAUUACAUGAGCAUUUGAAGUUAGAAAGAAAAAACCACGAACUAGACAAAAUUCUUUGUUAACAAAAGACUUUUAAGAGUAUUUCAGAUUUCAUAAAUUUUUCAACGUCAAUUGAUUAUA